AUGACGACAACACUUUUAACAGAGCCGAUCGUGCUCGAAUUUGCAGUCUCAAUGGCCGAGCAGUCUUGCGUUCAAUCCAUCAAGAGGACUGUGAAUGCUCUCGACGGCGUAGACGCCUGUCAGAUCGAUCUUGCAAGCCAGCGCGUCGUCGUCCAAGGCCGGGUGCCGCCGUCGAGCGUACAAAAGGCUCUCAAAGCGUCGGGCAGACAGGUCAUUGUUCGCGGCAUGGGCAGUCUAUCUGAUGCAUCAGGCGAGACUGUCGCCGGCGUCUGCGUCUUCGAAUCACAUCAGCCAAGCAAGAUCCAUGGCAUUGCUCGCUUGGUGCAAGCCGGCGAGCUCUGCGUAUUCGAUCUCACCAUUCAACACACACAUUUACAACGACCGCCAAAGGACGCGUCCGACUGGCAUGUCUACGUCGCACGAUCGGGCGACGUCUCGCGUGGGCCAGAAUCGACCGGCGGUCUGCUGCGACAUAUCGGUCAGCUCAAUGUAGACUCGCAAGGCUACGGCGAUCUCUUCACCGAGCUGAAGGACUUCCGACUGCAAGAUAGCAUAGGUCGAGCAAUGGUGAUUGCUCCUGCACUGCCCACCGCGACGAUGCUCUCGCACCAGGAAAAGCGUGAAGCCUUGCAGCUCGGUCCGGGCGUCCUGGCCGGCGUCAUUGCGAGGAGCGCAGGCGCCUGGGGAAAUGCGAAGCAAGUCUGCUCAUGUUCCGGGCUCAAUCUGUGGCAAGAGGAUCGCAAGCUUCAACAAAGCAGCGUGCUCUGA